AGAAACAAUAAUAAUAUUUUAUUAAACAUGCCCGUGAUUCCCUAGGUUUUAGUUAUGGGGGUAUUGAUAAUAAUUAUAGCUGACUUGAUCGUGAUUGUUUAUUACAUUUCUUUUUAAAUGUUGAUGGAGAGGCGUGUGUGUGUGCAGGAGAUGGGAUGCACAGACGGACUUGCAUCAGUUAUAAUGCGUUCAAAUAUAUAUGUAUAUUCUCCUCGUUUGCCCUUAUGAUUUUGAAAUAUCAUCAAUUCACCGUCACUGAACGCCGAGUCGAGGUGAGCCGCGGCUGAUUGGCUCCGAGAAGGAAUAAGUGGCAUUCUCGCGGUCCACUCGCGCGCCGUCUCCAAGGGGCCGCGGACUCCGCCCCUGCGCGUCAGCGGCGUGGAAACAACACGCAUGGUCCGCGGACGAGGACGAGGCAGCGGGACUCCGAGGUACGCGGCUGGGCCAACGUGUGAAAACACGAUGCCUUCUACACCAGGACGGACGCAGCCGGAACCGGGCGGCGGCGGCGGCGACAGCGGCAGAGCUUUGUGGACUGUACCAGCAGCUCAAGGACCAAACUGUCUGAAGAUCCAGUGACAAAAUGCCAGAACAAUCUUCACCAUCUUGCAGCCUCUGAAUCAUGGGAAAUGUCGAGAGUCAGAUUGGGGACCAUGGCCUCUACGGCAACGAGCGCAGCUAUCUGUCACGUAAGCACAUGUCUCGGUCACUUCGCAUCUCCAACAAGCAGUCCAGGCGCUCUCGACAUACUUCAUCGGGGAAAAUAGAGCACCGGAACUCUGAGACGAGCACGCGCUCGAGUAGCACCCCCAGCAUCCCACAGUCCCUGGCUGACAAUGGCCUGGAGCCCUUCAAUGAGACAAAUGUCCUCCCGGAUUUUGGAAGCCCCAUUUGGGUGGACCGCGUGGCCAUGAAUCUGCGACCUGUGUCCUUUCACAAUGACCUGGCCAAUCCCUCCGUGCACAUGAAUGCAAUGCACAUAACCCUACCCGGGCCCACUGCAGAGGAGGUGCAGGACCAAGAUGUGUACACGGGCGAAGUAACGUACCUCCAGAAAACCCGGGACGGUACCAAGGAGACCAUCAUAUUCAAGAAGAAGAGGUCGAAGUCCGCGGACAUGUGGCGAGAUGACAGCCUGGAGUUCUCCCUGUCCGACCUCAGCCAGGAGCAGCUGACGAGCACGGAGGAAAUCAUCGACGCAGCCAACGAGAGAGACUUUACCGACUGCGAAGGCCACCUGCAGUCCAGCCCCACAGAAUCCGCCGACAGGGCGAACUCCCUGGACGAGCUGUACAGCCAGAAGAGCCCUGCCCGCAGGCAACCCCACGGCCGCUAUUCCAAGUGGCACGAGGCCAACAGGGCAAUCAGGGAAGGCGAAGAUGAUAAGUUGCUCUCCCCCUCGGAGGAGGAUGGCAACAGUUACGGUGCAUUCACCCUUCCCUGCAGGCGCUCCCACUGCCUGUCCGAAGGCCUGAGCAGCCACCAGGCCGCCAUGUGUGCCACUAUGCAGGGCAGGAGGGCGCAGACCAUACAGGAUGUCACAGCCGGGGAGGGCAGCGAGUACGAGGACAGCGGGAUCGACGGGGUGACGGUGGAGCCGGAGCACCAGUCCAGACGUUACAAGACCAUGUCGGCCUCCUUCUCGGUGUGCUCGGCGCACGGCCGAGGCAUGUUCGCCGGCAGCGACAGCGGCAGCAGCAGCGGCGGCGGGGCCGGCGAGUGUGUACAGGGCGUGUACGAGAACUUUCGGCAGGAACUCGAGAUGAGCUCCUGCCAGACGGAGAGCUUGGAGGAGGCAGGGUCCGCCCUCAGCGAUGAGCAGAGCACAAUGAGCUCCGCCUACCAGUCUGACCCCUUGCUCAGCGUUGCCCAGGGGAUGGUGCGGAAAGCUGGCAGGCUUGCGGUCAAGAACUUCCUCGUACACAAGAAGAACAAGAAAGUGGAGUCAGCCACCAGGCGCAAGUGGAAGAGUUACUGGGUUUCCCUGAAAGGUUGCACUCUGUUUUUCUAUGACACCGAUGGGGGCUCAGAGAUCGACAACAGCAGUAUUCCCAAACACGCCGUCUGGGUAGAGAACAGUAUUGUCCAGGCUGUGCCAGAGCAUCCCAAAAAGGACUUUGUGUUCUGUCUCAGCAACUCCCUGGGAGAUGCCUUUCUGUUCCAGACCUGCAGCCAGACGGAGCUGGAGAACUGGAUCACGGCCAUCCACUCAGCGUGUGCCACCGCCGUCGCCCGCCAGCACCACAGAGAGGACACGGUGCGGCUGCUGCGCGCCGAGAUCAAGAAGCUGGAGCAGAAGAUCGACAUGGACGAGAAGAUGAAGAAGAUGGGAGACAUGCAACUGUCGGCUGUCACCGACACCAAGAAGAGAAAGACGAUCCUGGAUCAAAUCUUCCUCUGGGAGCAGAACCUGGAGCAGUUUCACAUGGAUCUAUUCCGCUUCAGGUGCUACCUGGCCAGCCUGCAGGGAGGAGAGUUGCCAAACCCCAAACGCCUCCUAGCCUUCGCCUCUCGCCCCACCAAGCUGGCAAUGGGCCGACUGGGUAUUUUCUCCGUUUCUUCCUUCCACGCACUGGUGGCAGCACGCACAGAGACCGGAGUGAGACGGCGAACACAGGCCAUGUCCCGUUCUUGCAGCAAACGCAAGAGCAGGUUCUCCUCCCUCUGGGGUCUGGAUACUACCUCAAAGAAAAAGACAAAAGCCCAUCCCACUAUCAACCAGGUCUUUGCUGAUGGUGAAGACCCUGCGAAACAGACUGUAGAUGGCAUAUAUGACGAUCAUGCUAAGGAACAUACAAAAAGCGAGGCGGGAACUGUGAAAAGCCUUCCACGGCCCAGCACGGAGAGCGACAUCUGGGUCCCCGACCACCUGACCCCCUCCUGGGUGUGUCUGCCAAAUGACCAGCCAGUACUAACCAUCAUCCAACCAGGGGAAUCUGCGCUGUGCGUUUUGGAAACCAUCUGCAAGGCUCAUCAGCUCGAUCCCACCAAGCAUUACCUGAGACUCAAAUUCCUAAUCGAAAACAAAGUGCAGUUCUACAUUCCUAAACCAGAGGAGGAUGUAUGCGACUUGCUUUACAAGGAAAUCGAGCUCUGCUCCAAGAUUACAAAAGUGAUCCAGUUUGACAGAGAUGAGUCCUGCAUGAUUGGUUACGGUUUCUCCAUUUCAGUGGUGGAGGAGGACGGAGUGCAGCAGCUCUACAUCACUGACGUGAAGGCGGGUGGAUUAGCCUUCGCCAAAGGUCUAUAUGCAGGGGACGAAAUACUGAAGCUGAACGGAAAAGCCUCUCACAGUCUCAACUUCUCCGACAUGAAGGCAGCAUUCUCACAAGCAUCGCUGGCUUUGACGGUCAACACUCUGCGUUCUGUGGACCGCCGCCAGCUGUGCUAUGUGCCGCCACGCCGCUCAGACGAAGAGGAAGAUCUCUACACCGACAUCUUCUCGCAGAGUCAAGAGGAGAUCCUGGAUGAUGGGGUGGGUCUGUUUCUGGAGAGCUCCGGAGACAGCCUGGACGACGACUCCGAGAUCCUCAGUGACUUUGCGUGCAGUAAGACCUUUUUUGUUCUUUUGCAGAGCACGGAGCAGGUCGCCGCUUUCUGCCGCAGUCUCCAUGACAUGAAUCCCUCGGAGUGCGUGUCCUCUUCGCCUAGCCCGGACUCGCCCUUCCCACCUCUUGCAACUCCUCGGCAGCUCUCUGAUGCCGACAAGCUCCGCAAAGUCAUCUGUGAGCUCGUGGAGACAGAGCGGACCUAUGUCAAAGAUCUCAAUUGCCUCAUCGGGAGAUAUUUAACCCCACUGCAGAAAGAGACCUUUCUCACUCAGGAUGAGCUGGACGUACUGUUUGGGAACUUGCCAGAAAUGGUGGAGUUUCAAGUUGAGUUCCUCAAGACCCUGGAAGAUGGGACUAGAUUGGUUCCAGAUCUGGAGAAGCUGGAGAGAGUGGAUCAGUUUAAGAAAAUCCUCUUCUCCCUGGGAGGCUCUUUCCUGUACUAUGCAGACCGUUUUAAAAUCUACAGUGCUUUCUGCGCCAGCCACACCAAAGUUCCGAAGGUCCUCGUAAAGGCCAAAACGGACCACGAGUUCAAGGCCUUCCUGGACGAGCGCAACCCAAAGCAGCAGCACUCUUCCACCCUGGAAUCAUACCUGAUCAAACCCAUCCAGAGGGUGCUGAAGUAUCCACUCCUGCUGAAGGAGCUCUACUCGCUCACGGACCCAGACAGUGAGGAGCACUACCACCUGGAUGUUGCCAUGAAAGCCAUGAACAAAGUCGCCAGCCACAUCAACGAGAUGCAGAAGAUCCAUGAGGAGUUUGGAGCAGUGUUCGAUCUGCUCAUCACCGAGCAAAGUGGUGAAAAGAAAGUGGUUGCUGACUUGUCCAUGGGUGAUCUGUUACUCCACACCACCGUGACCUGGAUCAACCCUCCGGCCUCCCUGGGGAAAUGGAAGAAGGAGCCCCAGAUGGCAACAUUUGUGUUCAAAAUGGCAGUUGUCUUUGUAUGCAAGGAUGGGUCCAAGCAGAAAAAGAAAAUGGGUGGCUCCCAUCGAGUGUCCGUAUCUUCAGAUGAAAAAGACCCUUUCCGAUUCCGUCACAUGAUCCCCACUAACGCCCUUCAAGUUAGAUCCUUGGCCAAUUCAGAUGGCGAGAGCUCUGCUGUGUGUGAGAUUGUCCACACAAAGUCAGAGUCAGAGGGACGGCCAGAGAGGACGUUUCAGCUGUGCUGUAGCUCUCCGGAGAGUAGAAAAGACUUCCUGAAAACAGUCCAUUCUAUCUUGAGGGAAAAGCACCGCCGGCAGCUCCUGAAAACCGAGAGUUUACCCCUCAACCAGCAGUAUGUACCCUUUGGAGGAAAGCGUCUCUGUGCCCUGAAGGGAGCCCGUCCUGUCAUAAAUAGAGCAGCAUCUGCCCCAACCAGGACUCUAGGAAGGAGGAAGCUUUUACGCAACCGCUUCACUAUCGACACAGACAUUGUUUUUGAUGGCGAACCUGAACAAGAGCUGGCUUCCCCACAGGAGCCCGGCUCAGACCGGCUGCAGCAGGAGGACAAACCAAAUCAGCUGCAGUCUGAAUUAGCAGGUGACACAGACCGCUGGGUGGAAGAACAGUUCGACCUAGAGGAAUACGAGGACCGGGAAGAGGUGAAGGAGACAGACAUCCUGAGUGACGAGGAUGAUGAGAGCUGUCAGACGCCCGGAGCGCGGUCCGCUGAGGCUGACCUGGAGGCGCCCGUCAUGGCUUUGUCCUUGGUGGGUGAGGAAAAGGAAGAAAGCGAGAGCCUUAAGUCCCCGACAGGCAGUGAGACACAUGAUCUGAAGCUGGUCGACACAGGGAAGCAGAGCGGUGCGAACAAUGACGAUGUGGCGGAUCAAAAGCAUCAAACGGAGAGGGGUGAGAUUUGGGUACGACGGGAUCCGUCCGGGUCCUCCCCAGCCUGAAGAGGAAAUAUUUUAUCAGCUUUACAUUGGCGCCAUAACGAUCUGUCAUCAGUCUUUACCAACAAUGCAUGGGCAUUGACGUACUGUAUAUCAUUAAGCUAGUAGAAGAAAUAUCCUUCCUUACCUUACUUUUUGCCUACUGCUUAUUGUACAGGGAAGAUAAUCAGUGGAGCAAUACAGGAGUGAAGAAUGAGGGAACGCUAUCCCAAAUCAAAUGCUGUUACAUGUAAGAUUUGAGAGAUGAGCUAAUGGUACAAUCAUGGAGUCUAAUCCGUUGCUUUGAUUGGCAUGGUUUGCACAUUUUGGGCAGCGUUCUGUGGUCCUGCCUGCUGUUGCCAAAUUUGGGUAAUGUAAGAACAUUAAUAAUCGUUUUGUCAGUGUCUCAGAGAUAUUAUCUUAGUUAAGGGCUGUAUAUUAUUUGUCCUUAAAGAAAUAGAAUACAUAAUUUAAAGGACAGUCUCGUCUUGCACAGUUAACUGUACUGUACAUUUUCACAGAAUAUACACUGACAUGUUUUGGGGACAGAUUUCCUGGUAAUGUAUUAUACGAUUUGGAUCUGUGGUUUUACAGACUUAUCUUUUUAGCCUGGGAAAUAUUUUUGUUUGAUCUCUUGUUACAUUUAAUAGUGGAAUUAUGUAACAGCCCCAAUGUCACAGAGGCAAAGGGAUUUUAAUUUGUUUUAACUUAGCAUAAUCCUGUUUUACUUGAAUCUGAAUUUGCUGUUAAAUGUCUUUGUUUACUGUGAAACCAUUUUUUGAUUUUUUUUUCUGUUUUUUGCUCUUCAGUAUUGCCAUUCAAAGAACACUCAACGUUAUGUUCAUUCCUAACAUUUCACGUGCACACUCUGUAUUGUAGAGAAUUUGCACAUCAGCUACUUAAAAGGGUUUUGUGUGUUCAAAAAUACUGUUCACUGUAAUGAAUUACAAAGCAAUGUUUUUAUUUAUUCAUUUGUAAAUUAAUCUGUUAGCAAACGCAAGUAGCCAUUUUAAGUUUUGUCAAAGAAAGUCCAAAUGUGCUCAGGCAAUCAAGGGGAAAGACAUGCAGAAUGCCUAAAGAGAAAGAAGUCACUUGUAAACAACUCAUUGUGCUACUAAGACUGCAUUUUGUAUUACUGUGUGUAUAUAAAAAAGUGUAUUGAUAUCAUAAUAAAUACAGUUGUUUCAUACUUAUAAUUCAAA